UCUUGUUGGUUUGAUCAUUAAGAAAGCAUGUCUCCUUUACACUGCUCUCCAGAGAACUAUGUAAGAGAGAGAGAGAGAGAGAGAGCAUUAUAUGUAGCUCAUCUUAUCGAGUUACCAAAGAAACACUGCAAUCUUGUAAGAGACCCUUGUUGUCUCGCUCUCUACAGCGCGCGCGCGCACACACCCACACAAAUGAAGGCCAAUGGCUUCCUAUGCCGGUCGCAUGUUGAUGCAGUUUGCAUUCCCGGGGAUCCACGGUCGAUGAUCAUGCCACGGCGGCCGGACAGGACGCUGGCGGAGCACUCGAGGCUCGUCGACUUGAAGUACUCGCGCCUCGUCGACUCCCGGAGAUUCAACUCCGGCGAACGAAGCCGCGCAGUCACCCUUCCAAUGGUCACAAAGAAGCAAAGAGAACCAAGGCCUGCUAAGACCACCACUGCCACCGGUACUGUCCCCUCCCGUCCUCCUUCCAAUGACCAUGUCUUCCAGGUGGUGGUCAUGAGAGUUUCGAUCCACUGCCAAGGUUGUGCAGGAAAAGUAAGGAAGCACAUCUCUAAAAUGGAAGGUGUGACAUCCUUCAGCAUAGAUCUGGAAUCCAAGAGGGUAAUAGUGAUGGGACAUGUGUCCCCGGUGGGGGUCCUGGAGAGCAUAUCAAAGGUGAAGAAGGCCGAGUUGUGGCCUUGCUGAAUUGCGCUUGGAGUCUCUCUUUUCCGUGAUAAGAUGGAUCAUGCCUUUUCUUUCUUUAGCUAUGUUUGGUUGUCCGUGUUGUGGCUUUAGCAUGGAAGAAAAUGUGCCCCGAUUGGUGAUGCAUAGUGAGUGUUCCAAGUUCCAUGAUUUCCUUAGACCUCAUGUUACUGUACCGUUGUACAUUACUUGAUUGAACCAUGUUUUACCCUAA